UAGACCUUCUGGGAGAAGUCCUCCGCGCAGGCGCUUGGGGACCGCGGAGCUUUCUGGGUAAAGAUGGAUGCGCACGAUCUCUUUUGCCGGCUGGGCGCGGGAGCCAAAUUCGACCUGAGACGCUUCUCCGCGGACGCAGCCCGAUUCCAGGUAGGAAAAAGGAAAUAUGACUUUGAUUCUUCAGAGGUGCCGCAGGGACUAGACUUUUUUGGAAACAAGAAGUCUGUCCCAAGUGAGUGUGGAGGAUCAAAAACUCAUCAGGAGAUUCAAGAUGUAGAGAAGAAAGAAGAGAGCUUAACUGAAAAGAAGAGAGAGCAGAACAAGAAAAGGAGGAAGAUGAUGACUUCAGAAAUUAAUUCGGAAGAAAGUUCUACUAUACAGUGGAUAUCAUCUGUGGAAGCAAAGAUUGAAGAUAAAAAGGUUAAAAGAGAAAAUAAAGUAACUUCAGGAAAGUUGGAGCAUCUCAGAAAAGAAAAGAUAAACUUCUUGCGGAAUAAACACAAAAUUCACGUCCAAGGAACUGAUCUUCCUGACCCAAUUGCUACAUUUCAGCAACUUGAACAGGAAUAUAAAAUCAAUUCUCAACUACUUCAGAAUAUUCUAGAUGCAGGCUUCCAAGUACCUACGCCAAUCCAAAUGCAAGCCAUUCCAGUGAUGCUGCAUGGUCGAGAACUUCUGGCUUCUGCUCCUACUGGAUCUGGAAAGACUUUGGCUUUUAGCAUUCCCAUUUUAAUACACUUGAAACAACCCACAAAUAAAGGCUUCAGAGCCCUGAUUAUAUCACCAACACGAGAACUUGCCAGCCAGAUUCACCGAGAGUUAGUAAAAAUAUCUGAGGGAACAGGAUUCAGGAUACACAUGAUCCACAAAGCAGCAGUUGCAGCCAAGAAAUUUGGACCAAAAUCAUCUAAGAAGUUUGAUAUUCUUGUGACCACUCCAAAUCGACUAAUCUAUUUAUUAAAGCAAGAUCCUCCAGGAAUAGACUUAACAAGUGUUGAAUGGCUGGUAGUAGAUGAAUCAGAUAAACUGUUUGAAGAUGGCAAAACUGGGUUCAGAGACCAGCUGGCUUCCAUUUUCCUGGCCUGCACAUCCCACAAGGUCAGAAGAGCUAUGUUCAGUGCAACUUUUGCAUAUGAUGUUGAGCAGUGGUGCAAACUCAACCUGGACAAUGUUAUUACUGUAUCCAUUGGAGCAAGGAAUUCUGCAGUAGAGACUGUAGAACAAGAGCUUCUCUUUGUUGGGUCCGAGACUGGAAAACUUCUAGCCAUGAGAGAACUUAUUAAAAAGGGUUUCACUCCACCUGUUCUUGUUUUUGUUCAGUCCAUUGAAAGGGCUAAGGAACUUUUUCAUGAGCUCAUAUAUGAAGGUAUUAACGUGGAUGUUAUUCAUGCAGACAGAACACAGCAACAGAGAGAUAACACAGUCCACAGUUUCAGAGCAGGAAAAAUCUGGGUCCUUAUUUGUACAGCCUUGCUAGCCAGAGGAAUUGAUUUUAAAGGUGUGAACUUGGUAAUCAACUAUGACUUUCCAACCAGCUCAGUGGAAUAUAUCCACAGGAUAGGUCGCACUGGAAGAGCAGGCCAUAAAGGAAAAGCUGUUACAUUUUUCACUGAAGAUGAUAAACCAUUAUUAAGAAGCGUUGCCAAUGUUAUACAGCAGGCCGGAUGUCCUGUACCAGAAUACAUAAAAGGUUUCCAAAAACUACUAAGCAAACAAAAGAAAAAGAUGAUUAAGAAGCCAUUGAAAAGGGAAAGCAUUAGUACAACUCCAAAAUAUUUCUUAGAAAAAGCUAAGGAUAAACGGAAAAAGCUCACUGCUCAGAACAGCCAGAAGAAAGUAGCUCUUGAAGACAAAAGUUAAAAAUAGAGUUUUUAAAAGACUGUAUCAGAAAUGUAAUUUUAUCAUCCCAGCAUGAAUGUUGUUUUCACGGAACAUUUCAUCUUAAAAUCACCUGUAUCAAACACUUGAAAUCAACUACAAGAAUAUGGGACUGGUAAAAAAUUAUAAACUUUCUGUGCAUUAUGUCAAAUUUCAAUUGUAGGUGGCUGUGACUUUUAAAUGAUAACACAAUGAAAAGAACAUUCAUUGACAUUUCUGUGGUUUGAAACUAGAAAGAUACUUCUUAUAGAAGAACAAAGCUUAUACUAAAAAUAACAACACCCAAAAUAUGGUGAAUUCUUAAGGAUUUUUCCUUUCAAGUGUGAAGGAAUGUGUGAUGUAUGCUAUGGAGAAACAUCUGGAACCAAAUUUCAGAGUAAGCCUUGAAAUUGAAUGCCACUUCCUCCACCCUGCGCCUUUUUUUUUUUUUUUUUUUUUUGAAUGGACAAGAAGCCGCACAGGCUAUCUACCAAGAAGAAACCUACUGCUCUUAUUUAACUUAAUUUCUUGUUGGCCUUUUGUGGUAUGAGCCACAAAAAAGAGAUGCCUCAUCUGUGGCUGGUUAUUUAAGUACUCUAGGUUUUUAAAUUCUUUGGUCUAUUAAAUACUCUUAUAUCUCAUCAGCAAGGUAGCUCAUGCCUUCCCUGUCAUAAUGUUGUAACUACAAGAUGUGGUCAGCCUUUUCCUUUCAUUUUCCAUUUCACUGUGCUCUUUCUUGUCUCUUUCCAUUCAAGAUGACUUUGUGUGAAAACUGAUAAACGUUUUAUCCUGAUAAGGAAGAAUGUUCCCGUUACUUGAUAUACCUCUGGCUCCUUUUUCUUAUAGUUUAUCUUUCCUGAGGCUUUAUGGCCCUUUAUCCAUUUAGUAAGCAGGUCUCUGCCAAAGGUAAAGGAUCAUGAUGGAGACUAUUCGCUAUUAGCAGAUUUUUCUCAGUUGAUAGUUUUAUACAGUGGAAUAAAAAAUAACUAUAAUGUAAGGUACUUAGAUUGACACCUGACAUGAACAUUAAUUUUUAUUAUCAACAGUACUACAGUCCUAUAAGAUAAUGUUUUCUCAGCAGCAUUUGAAUUAAACAUUUCCUUUAUUCUCAGCCUUUUACUCUAAAGUCAGGACAGGUAGAUGCCCAACUUGAAUAUUGUAGAUAGAACAAAAAUUGUUCCAUCUUCAGAAUUUACAAAAAUAGAGACCACUUGCUACAAGGUGCAAAAAAUACAAGCAUGUGGGUUUUUUAGUUUUUACAAGCAGAUCCCUGACUCAAGAUAUAUUCUGAAGGUAGGGGUAUUGCUGCCACUCAUUUGCCAGCAUAUGACUUUGAAUAAGUUCUUUAAUUUCUCAGAGCUUGUUUUUUUUUUUUCAUUUAUGAAGUUGGGGGUAAUGCCAAUUAUGUCUCAAGAUUAGAAGUACUUAGCACUAUUCCUAACAUGUAAAUUCACAACAGAUAGUCCUUAAACAUAAUAUUUGGUUAGGAAUACAAGGCUUGAUAACACAGUCCCUACCCUUACUGUGUAGUGGUGGGGAUAAAGGAACAAAUAGUGUGGCAAAUGCUGUGUUAGACAUAAGGCUAUGAUGCUGAAGCAUCACAGGAGGGCAUCUAAUCCAUACUGGUAAUGUCGUGAAAGGCUGACAUCCUGAGCUGAGUCCUGCAGAUGUAAGAAUCAGUAGGCAAAAGAGAACAAACUCUCCCAGACAAACAGAUCUAUGAUCCUUAAUAAACUCCCUACAUUUGACUUCCUCCUUUUUCGUAUUUUCUCCUGUGUGACCACCCAUCUGUAAAUAAAAGUGGCUACAUAAACCUGUAA